CGAAAGAAGAUCCAGGUACCGUCGAUCAUCCUCGUCUUCCUUAGCAAGAUCGCUGCCUUCAUCGUUACAAUUCAUUUUCAUCAUCAUUGUGUUUUGACGCGUCUUGAUGCUCUUGCAUAUUCAUGAGAAGAUACAGAUGCGAUAGCCUUUUGUUCGCUUGCAACACGGGGAAAUGUGGAAUUCUAACUCCAGCAGAGGCAACUACAGACAAGCAACGCCGUUGCUGGUGAAAAAGACCGCCUUCCUUCUGAGAUUCUCUCGUAUUCGAGCCUGAACAAAAACAAAACGUACGGCUUUGUGUAUCACACCACUAAAGUUCAUUCUCUCUAAAAUUCGUCCAUUCAGUACAUUAUCUCCUUGUGAUUACCGCAGCAAUUCCACCAUCGCGGAGUUGUGUAUAAUCUACCAGGCGCAGCGCGUGGACGAAUAGCCUGCACCUUGAAGCCUUUCUGUGGACAAUCAAUCUCCCUCCUCCUCCACCAGCUAUCCGGGUUUCGUGAGAAGCGCCUCGGCCACACACCCACACACACCGACGGGAUGCAGGCUUUCCGAGGCUACUUGCGACAGGCGGUGCUCGCGCUUUUCUGUGCGGCUUUGCUCUGUUUCGCUCCCACGACCCAGUACGCACAGUGUAUCUGAUGCUGAUGCGUCCAUCACAGAAACGCACUUUUUUAGUUCAUGUACCUGGCCCGAGCCCGAUGCAUGUUGCGCUUGAGUUGGAAGAAAUUUUCCAAUAGAAUAGAUGGAUAGGACAAGCGAGUGUACACCAGGUGAGGAGCUGAUUUUCCAUUGUGCACGCAACGAUGAAUGCUCUUAUUACCGAGAGGCGUAGCAAGACUUAUACAAAUUCUGUGCUGGAUUCAUCGCGUUUCUUGACUGGGAUGUCAUUGGGCUCAUGCUCACGUCGGCGUCCUCUUCCGGACCAGCAGGAGGACGCGUAGUGAAGAUCAAGCCGGCCGGAGCUAGCACAGAACUAGAAAUCAACAUUGAUACUAUGACGGUUGGCGAGUUUCGGGAUCGCAUCGCCCAGGCAACGGGAAGAGCGCAGCUUGACGCGGUAUAUCUCAAUUGCUUCCGCUCGGUGCAGACCCGCUUUUCGGCUCAAUUUUCGCAAAUUUGCGAUGGUUCUACUGAUCGUUUGGUUAGUUGCUGUGGUCAUAAAUAUAUCGUUUCGAAUUCGGGUCAUUGCUUUUGGUCCUGCUUCUCGCUCGCUUGAUCACUCAGUAUGGGCAGCGAGCCACUGCUGUGGGCGUUAUCAUCUACUUUUCCCGGAAGUUCAGGCACCUCUCUCAGGCUCGCAGUGCCACUCGGAAGCAUGAAUCGUAGCUGCAUGGUGCGUUUCCAAAAUACAAAUCAAUCAUAUACUUAUUUCAGGGUACGAUUUGCGGAGCCCCGGUGGUGACGCGGGACAAGAAGUAUGAUCACAUGACGAUUACGGAUGCCCUCGAAGUUUACAACCGAAAUAAAGGUGGACAGACACGAAACGGCCAGAGCCCGCAUAUGAACAUCAUUUCAGGACGCAUGGCAAAGGGACAGAAUGUUCCGUUCACGCCGAUCGACUUUGAUGCGAUAAUGGCAGGCGUUUUACCAAAUGGAGACCGGUUUUCGUCCUACUGUCAACCCCGAACAAAUUUCUUCGGCUCGAGUGAAAAAUUUGCAUGUUCCAGCACAAUCUUUUGCAAAGAAAAAGGAAUCGCUCCGCAAAAAAGUAGAGGAAUCGCUUCUACUGCAUAUGCUUGGAGCCAGCGCUUGCAUUCCGGAUUUACUUGGAAUUAUUUGCAUUUUUUGGGUGAAGUGAGAUGAUGACCUUUUUUCCUAGUAUUCCAGGCCGGAGAAGGCGAACCUGCCGCCGCUGUCUGAGGGAGGACGGACAUGGUCGAUGUCGACUGUGGUCGAAGUUCCGGAGGGACCUAUGUUUGAGUACAAUUACAAAACUGCUAUGUAAUGUUGGCUAGGAAGAAAGACAAGGAGCCGGUCUUCCGCGUUCUUCAUCAUGGUCGUUGAAAGAAGUAGAGUGCUCGUUGAUGAGUUUGCAAAGCGAAGCAAACUGUUGAGUCUAGUCGCUUCCUCCUGCCGAGAAUGAUAUACAUGCACGAAAAAUACUACAGGAGGCACUGGGACUGCUGCGUCUGAUCUUCUCUCGCCUGAGCUUAAUUUUCGGUGGUAGGAACUACGGACCAGAUCCUGCUGCUUGCGCAUUUGGUGUGUAAAAAAUGACUUCCUGUGCAAUAGUUCCUGACAGGUUGUCGGGUCGUUGCGGCGUGGAGAAUGCUGUUGAAUAUAACACAUAAGGUGCUAGAGAUAGAAGCAAACACUAAGUAAAAUAAACAGCCGAUUUUUACAGAGACGGAAACAUAAGAAAAAAAAUAGGAGUGGCGCUGAUACCGAGAUCAAUCCAGUGAUAACCGCAGGACAGUCCCGAGAGCGGUCUCCCUGUAUGAUAUGUAGGCCGUUUUUCUGCAGCUGUUGUUUACCAUGGACGUCGUAAUAUCG